AGAGAGGAGCGAUAAAGCAGGACCCAGUGAAAAAGACGGAAACAAAGGAGGUUUGCAACUGAGAGGGAGAAGCUAAUGUGGGAUUUCCACAAUGUCAAAGCUGAAGGAGACCAAAGAUGGCUCCCCAAAGAGCUCAAGCAAGAUCAGCAAGUCCCAGGCCAGCAACUUGGCUCUGCUGAUCGCCAAGAUGCAAACUAAUGCCGACCAGGUAGAGAAAGACAUCCUGAAGUCAGAAGAGAUGCUGGCUGUGGAUGCUGAAAAUGAAAAGAGAGAUCUCCCCUUCCAGCAUCAAAGUCAGAUAUCGACCAAACUGUCCCAGGCAGAGAACCUGCUCAAAGACCUUUUUCUUGACGUUGAUAAGGCCAAGAAGCUCAAACACCCGCAGGCCAAAGAGAUUGAGAGAGACAUCAUCCACCUUCACGAGCGAUGGUUGAAGGACUGUUCCUUCUACAGAGACGUCUAUGACCAGAUAGACGAUGUGUCAUUGCUGCCCAGAAUUAACUGGGGGCCUAUUUUGAAUCAGAAGCAAAAAAAGUUGGAUGUGGAGGACUACGGUCCAACCAUGGUGGAACUGGAGAAGCAGAUCGGCGCUCACAACAUCUUUCAUAAAGAGAUCAAAGCUUACAGCUCCCAGCUUUGUAUCAGCUCAUCUGGCAGCAAGGAGAAAUACGCCAUCUUUAAGAAACAAUAUAGCAACCUGCUUGACAACUCCAAGUGGCGCCGCCACUACCUGAACAGCCUCUACGAGUACAUGCAGGGCUGCAUGAAGGAACUGAACUUCUUUAAAGAAGAGCAGGACAAGAUCACAAAGCAGGACUGGAGCGACCAUAUGGUGGAUCCACCGCAUCUUCGUAGGCAGUAUGAGAAUUUUAAAAACGAUGGUCUUUUGAUCCACGAGAGUGAAGUGAUCAGACUCCAGGACGAAGGUAACCGACUCAUAGAACUGAACCACCCAGCCAGUGAAAUAAUACAGACCCAUUCUGAGGCUGUAAGGAACGAGUGGCAGAAGUUCCUGAAUCUCUGCAUUUGUCAGGAAACCCAUCUGGACAAUGUCGAUGAAUUCAAAAAGUUCAAAACAGACACAGAGCAGCUGUCAGAGACACUGACUCAACUCAGAAGAACCCUGGACCCAAAGUCGGUCAGUAAGAACAGUCAGUCAAGGACGCUUCUGCAGCUGGAGGGAGAGGAAGCAAUUGUUCAGGACUGUGAAGAACAGCUGAGUGACCUGAAGAUACGAAGUUCAACCAUCUCUCCUCUGAAACUGCGUCGAAUCUCCUCCACGAAGCCCUUAACAGUGGAGUCUGUUUGUGACUGGGAAACAGACCAGGCUUCAACAGCAAGAGGGGAAACUUUUACUCUGAAAUCCCUCUCUGGUGAUCUCAACUGGGAUGUUAUCUCCGCUGAUGGAGAAACUAAAACUUUCCCAGGAGUUUGCUUCCAGAUCUUACCUCCUGACCCAGAUGCCAUUGAUAAAGUUGGCCUUUUGUGCAAUGACCUGGAAGAUAUCAAGAAAAGGAGAGAAGCUCUGGCAGCGUCCCUGGAUAACCACAGAUCAAAUUUCUCCGGAGCUCAACAGACAGACUCCCCAGACCCAAGAUUAGCCGCUCUGGGCCAGCAGCUGGACCAGCUGGACGCAGACCUGGCCAGCAUAGAGGAGAGCAUGCUGAGCCGUCUGAGAACGCCACUGAGCCGAAACGAUCCGGCUGAAGAUCUGGCACAGAGGCUGAGGGAGCAGGAGCAAGCUGCCGAGGAACUCAAGGAUGUGGAACAGCAGAUCCAGUCAGCAGAGGCUGACCUACAGCCAUUGCUGUCUGAGGAUCCUAACAACACCUUGUCUGGACUGUCGCUUCAACUCAGUGCUGCUAUCAACAAGUAUGACAGCUUAACUGCGCUGGCGGACCUCUACCAUCAAAAAGCAAAUGCGUCUCUUAGCCUGGAGAGUCAAAUUCAGAGGGUGGAUGGCCUUGUCUCUGGACUUGAAAGAAAACUCAGUGAAGACGGUUUGAUUCCAGACAUAGCAAAUGCAAUUCAAACCCACGAGGAGGACAUUCAGAGCCAGCAGAGGUUUGCUGCAAGGAUCCAGGACGAUAUGAUAAAACUGGAUGAGGAUCUGGAGGCCACUGAGAACUUUUGCAGCUCUCUGCAGCAAAGCUACCAGGAGUACUGUCCAGACAUCCAACGCCAGGCGAGGGACGUCAAGCAGCUGCAGAGUCGCUACGCAAAUGUUACCAACCAGCUAAAGGAAAGAGAGAACAUUUUACAAGAGGCUUCAUCAAAGUACCAGGAGUUCCAGAGCUUGUGCAAAUACCUCCACUCUUCCCUGGACAACCUGCCAACAAAUAAUAUAAACACCAGUGAUGGAGUGUCGCAGGUGACGGCAAAGCAGAGCUCCCAAGAGAAAGUGAUGAAGUACCUGAAACAAAAGGAGGAGGAUGUGGACAGAGUGACCGCCAUCUCUCAAGAUCUGCAGAAUCUACUCAAUGUAAGAGCAGAGAAGAUAAAACUGUGUCAAGCAACAGCAGAAAACACUCAACGCCAAAGACACAUGGGCUUCGCUAGGAAUCUCAUUUAUCAAAAUGAAGAAGUUGUUCAGAUGGUGUCACAGCAGCAGGUGGAGCUUGAAAACCAUCAAAAAAGCAGCUUUGAAGUAGAUGGCUUGCUAAAAGAACUAGAGGAAGAGAAGGAGAGGACGGUCCGUGCCCACAUGGAGCUAAAAACUUUAAAAAACAAAAUGAUGUCCAUCAAGAGUCAGGGGAGCUUUGAGGAAACAGAAGUACUGCAGUACUACCGAGAUCCUAAACUGGAAGGUGAUCUGGCUCAUUUAAAGAACAAACUUAACAAUGAAGUCCUGAGGCAGAGCUCAACCCAGUCAGAGAUUGAAGCAAUAAACAAGAAAAUAAGUGAGCUCCAGGACGCCCUUAAACACAUGUCCCCCAGACUGGUGACUAGAGAGGUAAUAGAGCUUGAAGUAGAUCCUCAGCUGGAGGAAGAGGCCGCCAAGAUGCGACAUGAGAUAGCAAAAACUAGACAUGAAAUCCGAAUGAAAGAAAGAGAGGAAGUCCAAAUGAAGAAGGAAGUCACAGCUUUGCAGCAGAAUGGAUCACCAAUCAAAGAGAGAUUAUUUGGUAGGGAAGGACAGGAUGGCCAAACAUUCAAUGUAUUAAGAACAUUUGAAUCUGACAUUUCUGAGGAGAAAAAUAAAUGCAGGCUUCUCCAUGAUGAAAUCUUUCAGAUAAGAAAUCAGAUAAACACACUUGAAAAGCUUAUUCCGAACAUUCAGUCAAAAGCCCUUACUAGGGAGGUAAGAAGGGUUGAGCAAGACCCUGAACUUCUCGCAGAAUUCAGCAAGCUCCAAACAAGCUUGGAGGAAGAGAAGUCUGAAAAUAGCUUUUUGUCGAAGGAAAUAUUGGAGCUACAGAAACGCUACAGAGAGGUUCAAGACAGGACGGCAGGUUUCGAGGUGAAAGAAGUUGUAAACGAGAUCUAUGUAACCGACCCUAAUACAGAGAUGGAGAUUACUCGUCUUCGAAAAGAAAUAGAGGAUUCAGAUGUACAAUUUGCUGAUCUUAAAAAUGAGAUUGCAGCGGUAACUGCUGAUUUGAACAGGCUUUAUUCAGAGAAACCAAGAGUAGAACUCAAAGAAGUUCUCCAAGAGGUGGUAAAAGAGGAAAGAAGCCCUGAAAACAAGCGAGAGAUCCAAAGGCUUAAUGAUCAGGAGAACCGCCUGAGCAGCCAGUGUACAUCCCUCCAGGACCAAGUUAGACAACUGCGUAAAGAGAGAGACGAAUGGAAGGAGGAAAAGUCAAAAAUAGAGACCCAAAUUGUCUCCAGAGAUGUAAUCAAGUAUGAGCCAGAUCCACUGCUAGAGAAGGAAGCUGACCGUUUGCGCAGGGCCGUGCGAGAGGAAGCACAAAUAAGGCGAAAUAUUGAGGAGAUGGUUUUUGACCUACAACACAAAUACAUUCUGUUGGAGAGACAGAAACCAGAAGAGAAACUGGUUGUUCAGGAGGUUGUACGCCUUAAGAGGGACUCAAGGCAAGUAGAGGAAUAUGAUAGGCUCAGCAGGAGGCUGGAUGAAGAAUUAAAGAGUCGUCGUCAGUUGGAUCUAGAGGUACAGCAACUAAGAACCAAGUUGGAAGACAAAGAGUGUACUUUAAGGGAGAGUGAUGAGCGCAAAAAAAGGAUUGAAGCUGAAUCAAAGCUUAAAGAGAUCCGACUACGCAUCACACAACUGGAAAAUACCCCACAUUCGGUUGAGGAGAGUGUAGUAGUUGAGGAAGUACUGAAGAUUGAAAGAGAUCCAAAGCUGGAGAGAAUGACAAAUGGUUUGCGUUUUGAUAUGGAGAAGGAAACUCACAAUAUUCUGCGCCUACAGAGGGAAAUCCGUAAUGUCAAUUUAAAGCUUCAGAUUCUGCAGAAAGAGAAGUCUAAUGAAAAGACGGUGUACAAAGAGGUUGUUCGUGUGGAGAAAGAUCAAGCUCUUGAAGCUGAGAGACGUCGUCUGAGGGAGCAGGUGUCACAGAACAAAUUUGCCAGACAAGACAAGGAGGACGAAAUUAGACGUCUCAAUAACAAAGUCAACAUUUUGAUGAGCACGAAAUCUAAUAAUUCAAGAGAUGAGGUAACUCUUAAUCAAAACAAAGAGGCCCUAUUAAGGGAAAAUAACAGUUUGACCAGAGAACUCAGGACUCUUGAAGCAAAGAAACACGACAUACAUCUCUCUUUCCAGCAACGCAGUCGACUGAUGAGUGAAAGAUCACACAUGAGCAAAAAGAGAAGUCUGAAGAUGGAAUCGGAUGUCCAGCAGUUGGAGAGGCAGAUCUUGGAAGAGAAAGAUAAGAUUCAUCAACGGGACAGUACAAUCCAUGAGAUUCUGAUGCACCUACAGAAAGAGGAACAAGGGGAGACCAUGACCAAAGAAACCAAUGUCUCUACCAAAAUCACAAUUUUGGAUCCAGAAACUGGCAAAGACAUGUCUCCUUAUGAUGCCUACAUCGGGGGGCUGGUUGAUCGCCAGCAGUAUAUUCAACUGGAGGAGCUAGAAUGUGAUUGGGAAGAUGUAACCUCCGUGGGCCCUGAUGGAGAAACAUCUGUCCUACAAGAUCGUAAGAGUGGAAAGCAGUAUCCUGUCAGAGAUGCUAUUAAGGAAGGAAGACUAACAGAGUAUGAUUUACAAUUGUACAAACAAGGCAAGCUUCCUAUCUCAGAGUUUGCUCUUCUUGUUGCAGGUGAUAAGAACAAGCAAUCCAAAUUCAACUCAGACACCCAAAAGCCAAAUCCAUCAGUGAAAUCUCCAUCUUUAGACAUUACCUCUGCCAUUGAACUGCAGCCAAUUGCAGGAAUAUUGGACACAUAUACAGACACCUGCUUUACCAUCCACAACGCCACUUUGCAAAAGUUGAUUGACCCUAUUACUGCCCAAAGGCUGUUGGAGGCUCAAGCGGCAACAGGGGGCAUCAUCGACAUCAGUAAUAGUGAGAGAUAUAAAGUUCACAAGGCGGCACAAAGAGGUCUCAUUGAGGGUAGCCAAGUCCAAAGGCUGCUUAAUGCAGAGAAAGCUUUCACUGGAGUUGAAGACCCCAUGACCAAAGAACGUCUGUCUGUCGGAGAAGCCGUUCAGAAGGGCUGGAUGCCAAAAGAUUCAGCAAUUCGAUACAUGGAGGCCCAGCACCUGACGGGGGGGCUAGUAGAUCCCGCUACUGGUCGCAGAGUUGACAUUUGUGAUGCCAUUGGAUCAGAAAUGAUUGACGGCACAACAAUGAAGUAUUUGCAAAAUGAGGAAGGCUACAAAAAGGACAUCAUAGACCCUAUCACAAAGGAUAAGAUCAACUACAAGGAAGCUCUGAGUCAUUGUAAGAAAGACCCAGCGUCAGGCUUACCGAUGUUGCCUGCCUCCUCCAAAGAGUCUGAAUAUACCCCAGCAAACAACUCUUCAAAAUUUUUCCAUUUCUGAAUUCACUUUAAAUGAAUACCACAAGUAUUUAAGAUGACUCAAACUUUCAUCACUUUUAUCUCAUAAAAGAAUUGAAGAAGGUUAAGUUUGAUAAUUUGACCAGUCAAUUUUAUGAGUCGGUAGGUAAAGAACAUAAACUUCUUCUGAGCAUCUAACUCUGAGGCCAUAAUAACCAUUGCAACAGUAUGCUAGGAACAGUAGGAACAGAUCAAGAAACCUAUAUCAAUUAGGUUUCAUUUAUUUAAAAGUUAGCAUGGAGGCAGAAGAUAUGGAGGAUAAAACAGAGAUAACUGUUAAGUGUAAAUGGUAUGCAGAACUGAACGGGAAAAUGCCAGACACAACCGAACCGCUCUAACAUGGUACUAGUUCAUCAGUAGGACUCGGCACAGUUCAGUUCAGGUUCGGUUCUCAGAUAACAAAGAGUGCAUGAGCAGACCGCGUCAUCUUCUGACAGUUAGCCUCCGUAUUCAUGAAACUUCAGACAUUCAUAAAAAUACUAGCUUUUCUCCUGUGCCACAUGAUUUCCAGUGAUGAUUCUGCUUAGCAGUGUGAUGAAUCUCAACGUCUGUUGUUGUUUCCUGCGUCUGUAAGUCCCAAUUGGACUGUCGUUUUUUAAUAUCCACUACCAAACGCUGACAUUGUCAACUAAAUUCAACAAAGGCUGCCUUCUUCGCCUGACCCUCCGCAAACUUCCUGAAUGUUACGGGCGCCGCCAUGUUGGUUUGCUUGUUUAACUCUUGAGAGCAGUAGUACUUCAGACCGCCACUAGGAGGCGAGGAACCACGUUAGCAUGGUGUGUAAAUGGUCUUAAGGAACAGAGAUCAGCACUGUUAACUGAUUGAAGCUUGGCACAGGUCGGUUUUCAGAGGGUAGUGGAAAUGGGGCUAAUCUUUCUUGAUUGUACACUAGGCAGCUAGAGAAUCCUGAAACAAAAAAUAGAAUCAUGAAAUUUGUUUAGAUCCUUUUUCACUUACUAAGCAUGGACAAAGUUUUAAUUGUCAAACUUACACAAAAAGACUAGCAAUAAUAGCUGGAGCAGAGAGAAACCAAGGCUGAGGAUGUGCACAGAAGGAACCUGCUGUUUAUCAGUUGUGGUUUGUGGACGUAGAUUUAGACGGAAAUGUAGUGGAAGCAUAAUGGAGCAUUUGCUGAAAAACUGAGAAAGCAUAUUGUACAUUUGAAAGCUGAAGCAUAUCAAAACAAGGAGUUAAGAUGUAGAUCGCGCGUGUAAAUAAAAUACUAAGCGAUAUUCAGGGUAGGUAUUUGGUACUGGUCAAGAUUGUUGAGGGUGUUGAUGGUUAAAAAUGGCUGUGGCUUUGUUUUUGGUUGAUGGCAGUCAAAAACUGAUAAUGCCCAUGUCAAUUCCUAGCAACAGCAAUAAUACUUAUGCAAGCUUGGAAUCCUGGGGUUGUAAGUUUAAAACCCACUCCCACAGACUGCCACUCUGGGUUUCUGAGCAAGACCCCAGAUUGCUCCCGGGCGCCACACAAUGGCAGCCCACUGCUCCCCAAGUGGAUGGGUUAGACUCAGAGGUACAGGGAGUGGUGGCCUAGUGGUUAGGGCAUAGAGCUUGGAACCCUGGGGUUCUGAGUUGAAAACCCACUCCCACAGACUGCCACUCUGGGUUUCUGAGCGAGACCCCUGACUCCUGGGUGCCCUGUGAUGGCAGCCCACUGCUCCCCAAGUGGAUGGGUUGAAUGCAGAAGUAGAUUUCUCUAAUGUGAGAUCAAUAAAGUUAAAUUAUUAUUAUUAAAAUGAAGAUAGUCGGCUGCAUAAUGAAAAGCUUACAAGAUCUGUUAAUAAAAUAUGUACUCAUGUAUUUGACCAACGAGGGAAGCCAGGAAGAGAGUUUGCUUGGUUGUUUAGGUUGGAGUUUGCUGCUCCUGGUGUUGUUUGGUCCAGUUAUUUCAGGUGUUACUGCUGUCUUUUCUGGUGGAUUGGCUUCCAUUGCAGCUUUUAUGAUUAAAUCCAUAGAGAAAUGCUUAGCUUAGCCUCCUGUUUUACUGGGGAGCUGAUCCACGACUGACUGUGCCAACAUUGAGAAUUGUGUCAAAGUCCAAGAGUGUGCUAAUGACUGGAGGUGUGAUAUAAGUUUAUCUGUAUUCUGAACUUAAGUCAACAUAUAUCUUAUUUAUGUUUACUAUUAAGUGCUUUGUGUUUUCUUUAGGUUUGGUUAUGAAAUAUACUUUUGUUAAUGACAAUAUAAUAGAUUAACUCAGAAGAUAUACUGUUAAAUCAUAGUAAUUUGAAUGACAGAAUGAUUCCUAAUGAGGUGCAUUUUUCUUAACUAAAAAUCCUGUAGGGGAAAUAUUUGUUCUCUUUUGAUGUAAUAUAAAUAAACUGUAUAUACACUGUUUAUAUUGAGUAGUAUUGUUAUUAGAAAAUAUGAGACAUGAUGAUUUUAGCUUGAUUCUGUGUUUAAUUAAUACUAAUUAAUAAGAUUGUUUGAUGUUUUAUGGAGAAUCAGAGUUGUUAAAAAUAAA